UGACCGCGCCGCUUCUCGCUGUCCCCCGGCCGCUCCCCGCGAAGAUGGCCACCGACGGGCUGCACGAGAACGAGACGCUGGCGUCGCUCAAGAGCGAGGCGGAGAGCCUGAAGGGCAAGCUGGAGGAGGAGCGGGCCAAGCUGCACGACGUGGAGCUGCACCAGGUGGCUGAGCGCGUAGAAGCCCUUGGCCAGUUUGUCAUGAAGACCAGAAGGACCCUCAAAGGCCACGGAAACAAAGUCCUCUGCAUGGAUUGGUGCAAGGAUAAAAGGCGGAUCGUGAGCUCGUCCCAGGACGGGAAGGUGAUCGUGUGGGACUCUUUUACCACUAACAAGGAGCACGCCGUGACCAUGCCCUGCACAUGGGUGAUGGCCUGUGCCUAUGCGCCCUCGGGCUGCGCCAUCGCCUGCGGGGGUCUGGAUAAUAAGUGUUCCGUGUACCCCCUGACCUUCGACAAGAACGAGAACAUGGCUGCCAAGAAGAAGUCCGUGGCCAUGCACACCAACUACCUGUCGGCCUGCAGCUUCACCAGCUCGGACAUGCAGAUCCUGACAGCGAGCGGGGACGGGACGUGCGCCCUGUGGGAUGUGGAGAGCGGGCAGCUCCUGCAGAGCUUCCACGGGCACGGCGCCGACGUGCUCUGCCUCGACCUGGCGCCCUCGGAGACCGGCAACACCUUCGUGUCGGGGGGAUGUGACAAGAAAGCCAUGGUUUGGGACAUGCGCUCUGGCCAGUGUGUGCAGGCCUUUGAGACCCACGAGUCCGACAUCAACAGUGUCCGCUACUACCCGAGUGGAGAUGCCUUUGCUUCAGGAUCGGAUGAUGCCACGUGUCGUCUCUAUGACCUCCGUGCCGACCGGGAAGUGGCCAUCUACUCCAAGGAAAGCAUCAUUUUUGGAGCGUCCAGCGUGGACUUCUCCCUCAGUGGUCGCUUGCUGUUUGCCGGGUACAAUGACUACACCAUCAACAUCUGGGAUGUUCUCAAGGGGUCCCGCGUCUCCAUCCUGUUUGGACAUGAGAACCGUGUCAGCACGCUGCGUGUUUCCCCCGAUGGCACUGCUUUCUGUUCCGGGUCGUGGGACCACACCCUUCGAGUCUGGGCUUAGUCUCCUCCUCACAGUGCACAUCUGUGAGUCCCAUGUGGAAUCGCACCUGACUUUCAGCAUGUGCGAGGGUUGUUGGUUGCACCGUGGCUGGACAUGCGCUGCAUCUCAGCUCAGAUACCACCUCUGGAACCUUCUCGGUGUCUGCACUUAGAACCACAGGAGUCAGUAGUACUUUUCAUUUUAGAUACUUUUUCAGAUAUCUAUUUUUAAGGUUAUUCCAAUUAUACUUGUCUCCGCUUGGCUCAUUCUAUUAACAUUGGAUUUCUGUAUGUAAUAUGUCCCAUAUUAUUCCUUAAAUCAAAUGUAUGAUUGGAAUACUUUUAAAUGGAUUUAAAAGAAACAUUUAUUUAUUUUGAGGUGCUGUGACUUACAGUACUGUUAGGAUAGUAUCAGACAUAUGUCAUUCCAGCACCCCACCCUCCACCAAUUUAAGUGGAUUUAAAGUGGAUUUCCUUGUAUGCACUGUGAUUUGUGCCACCUUUCUCUAGAAAUACUCAUGUUAAAGGACUAUAUGAGAACUGUUUUAGGUGAACCUGUAAUAGAAGUUUCAGUUCUAGAUGUAAUUGGACUGAAUCACUUUUUUUUAAGGUCUUGCAUCCUAUUGUCUGUGAACUGCUAUAAAUGAUACAGGUACAUAAAAUGGACAGGAUUUUUGAUUUAUGA